AUGGCGGAAAAAAAGGGUGUUUGGGGGUUAUUUGAGUUUGAAAAGUACGACCAUCAUGAGUUCCCAGGUGUGGUUCCACGGACCUUCCUUGGGCCCUUGUUUUUGUCUGGUCUCAGCUCUCCUGUUGCUUUUCUGUUUCACCAAAUGAACGCCCCAAAGAUUUGUGCACAGUUGGCAGUACGUGUGUCUUUGGGAGUGUGUGUUAUUGGUGCACUUUGGUACAUGCAAAGAGAGGUGAGGAGGCAGUUUGGCUCCACAGUGGCCGGGCUCUUCUGUCUGACUUGUGCCUCCCAGUUCCAUUUCAUGUUUUACAGCACCAGGACCCUCCCCAAUAUCUUUGCACUACCUUUUGUUCUUGUAGCCUUCUCAUCUUGGAUGGCACAAAAAUACAACAGCUUUAUUCGCCUCUCUGCUUUUGUUAUAAUUGUUUUUCGCUGGCAUACUUUCCUUAGGUCUGACUGUUGCAGUUGA